AUGACGAUAAUGGAGUUCGACGAGUAUUUGAUUGAAUUAGUUCGUUCUAAUUCAGAGCUAUAUAAUAUGACUGAUAGGAGAUAUAGUGAUUCCGUUUGGAAAAAAACACUGUGGAAGGAAACUGGAUACGAGGUGGGGCGUCCAGGCCCUGAAUGCAAGCGACGAUGGGUGUCACUGAGAGACCAUAUUAGAAAAUGUGUUAAAAAAAAAACAAAGAGUGGACAAGCUGCCAUACCCAAGAAGCCAUGGAAGUAUGAGCAGAUUAUGGCUUUCCUGCGCCCAUACUUGCUGGAGCGGGAAACAGUUUCUAACAUAACUGUUGAUAUUUGUUCAGAGGAUGAAUCAAACAGUGAGGUGUCAUCACCUAUUCCGGACAUUGAAAAUAACAGUGAUUUGAGGUCAGAGACAAGCAGGCCUGUCAUGCAAAAGCGUAGUCAAAGUGGCAAUAAGAGGAGAACUACAGACUCUGCAUCUGCUUCUCUGAUGAACUAUAUUCUAGCGACACAGCCAAAGGAAGAUCACAUUGACAGUUUUCUUUCAGGGAUAAGUGCCAGUAUAAAAAGAUUGUCCCCACUGCAGCAAAUACAAGCUAAAGACGAAAUUUACAGAAUAGUGUCUGAUCUAGAAAGGGAUCAAGUAUUUUUAGAUAAUAUGGCAAAGAGGACGUUCGAUUUGAGUAAUGAGAAGGAUACUGAAGAGGUAGUAAGGCUUUUGACAGCUGAUGAUGAUGAUGAUGAUGAUGAUGAUGAUGAGGAUCCAAUGCUAGCAGAAAAUUUAGAUGAAGAAUAUGAUAUUGUCUGA